CUUAUAAAUUAAAAAUGAUUAAUGAAUAAUUUUGACAACAAAAAAAAGCUCAAAAGAGGAACUCUUAAUGUUAUCACCCAAUAUUUGCAGAAGGAUAAACCGAGAGUACUGACGGAGGCUGUUAAACAGCUGAAGGAGCUGAGGAAGAUGGCGGCGGCUGUGAUGGAAGACACCGGUUUUCCGGAAUCAUCAUUAUUCGUGCCGGGAGAGAAUGAUGAGGUGGUGGUGGCUCCCUUCGCCGGAGGCGAAGAGGGUGGAGAGUUGUUGUCGGCAAUGAAAGCGACGAUUUGUUGCGACGAUAGGCCAGGGUUGAUCCAAGACUUGUCUGAGGCGAUUUAUUCGGUCAACGGGAAGGUGGCCAUGGCGGAAAUGGCGACGCUCGGAGGGCGGACGAAGGUGGACGUCGUGGUCCGGUGGCACGACAGCGAGCUUGGCGGCGGCACCGGCGAUGGAGAGAAGAAUAUUGGAUCGUCGCUUAGGCGCGCCUUGAAGGCCGUGGUGGAAAAUCGGUCAUUGGGCUAUUCCAUGUUGUCGCGUCGUGGGCUACAGUUCAAUACGCGAUUCGGUACAGUUUUAGGCCUGCGUAAUGACAACCCCACGGCCCAUUAUUAGAAAAAUAAUUAAUUGACUUGUUUGUCGGUUGUGUAAUUAAAUUAUACUCCCUUCGUCCCAAUUUAAACCGUCUGUUUUAAUUUUUGGGCAUAUUUAAGAAAAAUAAAAAAUAGAGUUGAUUUUU